AUGCGAUUUGAGGGAAAAUAUAAAUUCUUCAAGCAGGUAAUCUGUGACACCAAAAACUUCAAAAAUGUUCCACAAACUUUGGCUGUUCAUCAUCAAAGACUACUGGCUUACAACAUUGACUCGCCCUCCUUUCUCAAGCCAUCCAUACAGACAAAGAAGGUGAUGGGUACUGUGAUUUCAACUUUCCCUGAGAACAUUCAGGAAUUCCUGAGACAAACAAAUGCAGUUCAGAACACUGUCCUCACAGCAUCAUCUGUGAGCAUUGAUGGAAUCCAGUAUAAUCCAGACAUGACAGUUGACUCACUGUCGGAACAACUUGAAGAAAAGCUGGGACUUCAGUAUAAGUUCACACUUCAGUUUGAGGAUCCAGAUUUCAACAAUUCCCUUGUGAAUCUUACCAAUAUUGCUGACUUGCCAGAUAAGCCCACACUGAAGAUUGUCUCCCUUGUGACGACACCAACCCCUAGCACAGCUGACACUGAAGUCCUGUCUGUGGCUUCUGAUGAGCAUUCGCGUCAUAGUCUACAGACUGCAUGGCCAGAAGCUUUUGAGAUCCCUACUUUUCCUGUUGACGUUGAAUACGGAUUACUUCAGGGAAAUCUACAGUACAUGCGAGAUCAAACAUAUCUACAAUUGUCAGGAGAGCUUAAGCAUGAGAUUCUCGAAAAACUCUCAGAGACAAUAUACAGUUACAAAGCUUACCCUGAUAAGGAAAAUUCAGAGGCUGUUGCUGCUGCUUUGAUAAUAAAACAUCCCUGCCUUACCCAGCCUGGAUCAUCGAACGGGUGGAAUGGGUGGUAUGAUAGCCUCAGAUGGAAAAUGGGUAAUUACCGUUCAAAACUGCGUCAAACUGGAUGUUUGGAGGUAUCCAUAAAUGGUGGGAAAAGAAGAGGACAGCAGCCUCAGAGAAACAUCAAAAGACCUAAGAGGUUUGAAAUCAAUUGUCUACCGAACUUCCCUGAUGGUGAAGAUGAAGCCAGCAUGGAGUCCAAAAGGAAAGAGAUGGUGGAAGACAUGAAGAAACGUCGUCUUAAUGCUGCACUGAUAGCCCAGAACAUGAACUCUACAUUUGCCUUGC